UACCUCCCCCUUCGGCCAGAGCAGAGGGGAAAGGGGGUAGGGGCGCGCGCCGCGGCUCGGUCGUCUCCGCCCCCUUCCUAGCAGCCAAUCGUAGGCGAGGCGCCGGGCGCGCGCACGCUCCCCUAAGUUUAACGGUCGCGAGAGGCCGCUCGCCCGACCCUGAAUUGGAACGGCGGCCAGACUCUUGGGAACUUAGGAUAUUUCACAGUCUGAAUGGUAGCAACUGAAAAUGCUUGUAGACGACGAAGCCUCUGAAGAUGACUCGGACUCAGUUUCUUCAAACGGUGAAAGAACCCGCACUUUCCAUUAAGGGAGCGUAACCGUUUCUGUGCGCUAUGGAGGACUUUGACUUGGUGGAACCCUUACAGAAAACUCCAUCUUCUGUAGAAUUUGAUAUAAAAAACUCUCCCUACUCUCUUGGACUGAACUUAAAUACUAAUAGAAGUAGUCCCCACCUUAGUACAAAUGGGGUGUCCUCUUUCUCAGGGAAGACCAGACCGUCUGCGAUUCAAGGCAGCGCUGAGGUCCCGGCCCCUUGGAUGCCCGAGCUCCAGCGCAGCGGGCACACCGACCCGGGCCCGUGGGAAAACUGCUGCGAGGCCAGGUGGUUACAGCUCUUCAGUUUGGUGGAAAAACAGUGCCGAGAACAGAUAGCUGCCCAGCAGGAGCAGUUCCACAGCCAAGUUCAACGGAUACGGGAGGAGAUAAGAAACUCAGUCAAGUCACAGAGCAGCGGCGCUCCGUGGGCUUCCUGCGACGGGAGGUCUUCGAAUAAACAGAUCCCUCCGGAGAGGCACAUGGGUUUCUUUUCUGAAAACAGCGACAGAAAUGACUCUGUUCUCAGUUACCCGAAGUCGAAAGAAGCUGAGAUGCAGCAGGACACACCCGCGUCGCAGCCGGACUGCAGCGUGGACAGCAGCUCGGUGAGCAGUGGCUAUGGGACCUUCUGUGUCUCGGAAUUAAACGCCCGCCGAUCGAAGGGCCCCCCGGAGUUCAUGGAGCCCGGGGCGGCCUCCGCCGGGCAGUGCGGGGCGCCCGCCGUGCGGGCCUCCUCCCCCGUGGACAGUGCGAGGAGCCAGCGUUUCUACAUUCACGCCCCCGAAGAGUUUGCUGCCUCCCCAGAGGAAGAUGUCUCCAUUUUCCCUGGUGAAUUCGAACACGGCUUCCUUGGCGAAAGUAAGGUCUCAGAAGUGUACUGCGGAAAAACAAAUAGUAAAGCUGUCACGUCGUGGGCCCAGAAGCCGAAGAAGCAGAGCCACCUGAGGGGAGUGCAUGCGGAGGAGGGACGUCCCACGGCCUCGCAGGGGAGCGAGCAGGCCCAGCCGGCGCCCGCGGAGAAAUCGGAGCUCGCUGUCACCUCACCGCCCCGUGCUUUCUACCUCCGCGAGCCGGACGGGAGCCCGGGCUCUUGGCUGUCGGAGGCAGGACCAGGCCUGACCCCCUGGGGGCUGCAGGAGAAGGACCUGCCCCGCCCCGUGCCUGUGGCUGCAGACCCGCCCGUGGCCCCACCGUCCUCUGGAGUGUCAGCGAGCCAGUUUGACACUGGUCGUGAGAUGAAGCUGCCGUCACUGAAGGACAUUUACCAUAAGAAGCAAAGGGAGGACAAGCAGUUGCCCGAGAGGGAUCUCGCUUCUGCCUCCUGCCCAGACCGGCCGCCCGAGGUCCUGACUCUGGAUCCGACGUUGCACCUGCAGCCGCACCAGCAGGGGUCAGGGGUCCAGCCGCCCGGCUUUCUGAAUGCAGUCGAUGACAGGCUGUCCUUCUCGCCGGACUCUGUCCUGGAACCCAUGUCUGGUCCCUCGGACAUAGAUUCCCUUUCCCAAGCAAGUAAUGUCCCUUCUCAGCUGUCGGGCUUCCCAAAAUACCCGUCCCGUGCCAAAGCGUCACCGGUGGACUCGUGGAAGAAUCACGCAUUCCCAAACGAAAGCAGGACCAGCUCCACGUUCCCCUCAGUUUAUACCGUCACUAGUAACGACACCUCGGUCAACACCGUGGAGGAAGAAAACACUGUCAUGGUAACUGCAGCCUCAGUCAGUCAGUCCCAGCUUCCAGGUACAGCCAACAGUGUCCCAGAAUGCAUUUCAUUGGCUUCCCUGGAAGAUCCUGUGAUGUUGUCUAACAUCAGGCAGAACCUGAAGGAAAAGCACGCCCGACACAUAGCGGACCUCCGGGCUUACUACGAGUCAGAAGUGCACAGCCUGACACAGAGAUUGGAGGCGAAAGAAAUGGCUGCGGUUGAAGACUGGAGGAAAACGAAUCAAAUUCUCGUAGACAGGUGCAGCCAGUUGGACAGUGCUCUGAAGGAAGCCACGAGCCGGGUGCGGACACUGGAGAGCACGAACAACUUACUGGAGAGAGAAGUGAGUGAUUUCAGAGAGCGCCUCAGUGCAGCCGGCAGUGCCUCCAAAGUUCUGCAGGAGCGGAUCGAGGAAAUGCGAACGAGCAGCAAAGAGAAGGACAGCACCAUCAGCCGCCUGAAAGCGCGGCUGCAGGACCUGGAGGAAGCCUUCGAGAAUGCCUACAAACUCUCCGACGACAAGGACGCCAGGCUGAAGCAGGAAAACAAAAUGUUUCAAGAUCUAUUAGGAGAGUACGAGUCCCUGGGAAGAGAACACGCCCGGGUGAAGGAUACACUAAAUAUAACGGAGAAUAAAUUGCUUGAUGCACAGACUCAGAUUUCUGAUUUGAAAAGAACGAUUUCAAAACUCGAAGCUCAGGUCAAGCAGGUGGAGCAUGAAAACAUGCUGAGUCUUCGCCAUCACCCUAGGACUCCCACGAGGCCCUCCCGUGCCAACACACUGGCCACCUCGGACGUCAGCAGGCGCAAGUGGCUGAUUCCAGGGGCGGAGUACUCCAUCUUCACAGGCCAGCCCCUGGACGUCCCGGACAGGACGGCGGCCAGCCAGCGGGAGGACACCUGCGCUCUGGGGUGCCCCUCGCCUCCGGAGAAGGGCCCUUCACCUGAGAGUUCGUCGGCAAACUUAUUUGUAAAGAAGCAGAGAGAGACUUCAGACACACCAAUCAUGAGAGCUUUGAGAGAACUCAGUGAAGAAAAAAUAUUUAAGAAUUGGGGCACACAGACAGAGAGAGAGGACAUGCCCCACAAACCAGUGAACCCGCAGCAGACGGAGGCGUCUGCCGGCGCCAGCCGGUCCCCCGAGAAGUGUGCCCCGCAGAGGCCGCGGCGAGCCGCCCCCGCCGCCCAGAGGUCGUCGUCGCUGCCGCCCUCCACUCGGAAGUCCAGCGCUCCCACCAAACGAGAGAUCAUGCUGGCCCCGGUGGCGGUGGCCUACAGCCCCAAGCGGUCCCCCAAGGAGAACCUGUCCCCGGGGUUCAGCCACCUCCUCAGCAAGGCCGAGAGCAGCCCGACCCGAUUUGAUGUGCUUUUGGAUGAUUUAGAUACUGUUCCUGAGCCCGCACCGCAGCGCAGCGGCCCGAGAAAACAGCUCCAGUUUCUCCCUCUAGAUGACGUGCAAGAAAAAAAACAUCCCGAAAAAGCCGCUGACAUCCUCGCCAACCUUAACUGUUCCCCGGAGCCGGGGCCCGGCGGCUCGCAGGCCGCCUCGGGGAGGGCCGCCUGCAGGAAGGGCGAGCCCGGCAGCUGUGCGGGCCGCGCCCCGGACUUUGAGUACACUGCAAAAAUCAGGACCCUGGCUGAAACAGAACGGUUUUUUGAUGAACUUACAAAAGAAAAAGACCAGAUCGAGGCGGCCCUGAGUCGCAUGCCUUCCGCGGGAGGACGGGUCACCUUGCAGACGAGGCUGAACCAGGAGGCCCUGGAGGACCGCCUGGAGAGGGUUAACCGAGAACUGGGGUCCGUCCGCAUGACGCUGAAGAAGUUCCACGUGCUGCGCACCUCCGCCAACCUCUGAGACGGCGCCUCGAACCCCGAGAUGCUCUGUUUGCACUAACACACAAUCAUGCACUAGGAGAAGGCAGGCUCUUUUGCACUGUCCGUAGGCCUUCAAGCCGUAGUUGUACAAUCAUGCUCUUCUUUACACUGCUGUUUUGUACUGCACACGGCCACACGUUUCCAAGAUACUUUUGUUAUGCUCAGGAACCUCUCGAAUAUUUUACUAUUUAAAAAGUGUUAUUUUUAAAUAGUAUACGUCUCCAGUUUAUAUCAAGAAUAAGGCAAUGUGAUCGGGGAGGCAGCUUGUUUGUAAACAAAUGGAGUCACCCUUCUACAAUCCACUUUGCACACCAAUUUUGUAACUCUGUUCCGCAUUGUGAAUAUGAUUCUUUUUAAAAAAAUAAAUGCUUCAGAACAGCUUCUGUAAUGGUAGACUAGUACAUGCUGAAUGAG